UUUUUUUUUUUUUUUUUUUUCAGGUCUCCAGGGAAGAUAGUUAAGGCUAUGCUAGUGUAAGUCUUUAUGGCAUGCAUGGAACCAGGCAGGCUACUGCUUUCUGCUGUGUGGCCUGGAUCCUUUUGGUGUAGAAUAAAUAACUGCAAUAGGAAAGAAACACAUGUAUAAUUUUAUUCUCCAUUCACAGCCCUUUGGGUUGUAGUCUUUUCCCAUAUAGCAGACACUAUACUAAAAAAAAUUGGGGUGGAGGAAUCUUCACUGACAUCACAAGGUGAUUUUUGAACCCAGCUUUUACAAUCUGAAUUCAGACUUCCUGCCCUACUGCAAUGGGAGUAAAAACCACCUGAGCCUCUUUUUGGCAGCUUCUUCUCUUACUUCCAAAUGGCAACAAGUGUUAUCUCUUUGAUUGAGCUCUUGGUCCAUGCAGUCUAAUUACCAGUUCAGCACAGUGGGGGAACUUCUUAUUUUACACAACUGGCAACUGAGUACAGAUUUCCACUACUGCAGUAGUUAGAAGAGAGUAGUUGGGGUUGAAAUUAAAAGUCUUAAAGUUAACAGAAGUUCAUGUUCUGGCUUUGUCACUUACUAGCUGUGUAACCUUGGGCUAUUAAUCAACUUUCUUAAACCUCAGUUUCUUUUUUCUUUUUUGGAGACAGAGUCUUGCUCUGUUGGCCAGGCUGGAGUGCAGUGACAUGAUCUUGGCUCACUGCAACCUCCACCUCCCAAUUCAAGCAAUUCUCAUGCCUCAGCCUCCUGAAUAGCUGGGACUGAGGGCGCAUGCCACUGUGCCCAGCUAAUUUUUUGUAUUUUAGUAGAGACGGGGUUUCACCAUGUUGCCCAGGCUGGUCUUAAACUCCUGAGCUCAGGCAAUCCGCCUGCCUUGGCCUUCUAGAGUACUAGGAUUAUAGGCGUGAGCCACUGCGCCUGGCCAAACCUCAGUUUCUUUACCGAUAAAAUAUAAAAUAAUAGUUUUGACCUCAUAUAGUGACUGUAAGAAUUAAAUGAGAAAGUCCAUGUAAAUAACUUUGCACAGUGCUUGGCACACAGCAAGUGCAAAAAAUAUAUUAGAUAUUAGCAGUGGCAGCAUCAAUAAUUACUAUUGAACAUUUUUGUUAAAUAUUGUUCAUCAGAGACCCUGUUCGUCUGUUGUAUUUAGAAGUGGUAUUCUUUUUACCAAGCACUCAUAUACUAUACUCAAAACCAGAUUUUUCCUGUCUGUGUCAUUGGCUGGCAGAAUUAACAGAUCUUUCUUUUCUUUUAUAGGAAAAAGGAGGGAAAUAAAUGCUCCAGAAGGCUAGAUCUUUAAAGUCUGUGUUCCUUUUCUUGACUGUAAGAAGAAGGCUCUGGUUUCUUCAGGUUAUAAUUUCGUUAAAAUAAUUUUAUUAUUUUCUGACCUGAAAAAAUUCAGAAUAUGUAUAUCUGCUUGAUAUUUUCUUUUGAGCAUCUUGGUGCAACACUUAAAAUCUGUUUCAUUUUGUAGUUUGGGAGCCAUAAUUGCAUCUUCACCAGGCUUGGUUCUUCUUGGCCCGGCCCUUCCCUUCCCUUGCUGGUUAGUACCAGCCGAGCUGGUUUGCUUUCUCCCUUUUUGAUACUAUUCUCCUCCUCCUUCCUCCACGUUACCUUCUGCCACGGCCUCUCUUCUUUUUCCCUCCAUUUUCAAUUUACUCUUACAUUUUCCCUCCUCCUCCUGGCCCUCCCUAGUUUCUCCCCUCCCCUGGUUUCUAGCUCCUUUUUGCUUUCUGUUUGUGUUACUGAGGGCAGUGCUCCAAUUACCUCAUAUUUGGAGAGAGGAAGCUGCAGCCAAUCCGGUUUCUGUCUGCUUUUAGGUCAAGUGAUUUCUGAACUGCAGUGAGAUGCUUUGAAUUUGUCUUGUUGCAGCUCUGAGCCUGUAAGAUGGCUGUCUGAAUCGGCAGCGGCUGGAAGAGACAGAGAGAGGCGGGGAGGGAGGGAGAAAGAAUUGGAGGGAUUGCCGGCAUAGUGCAUGUUUUUAAAUGUGCAUCGAAUCCGAUGUGGCCAAGGUUGGGAUUUCUGUGGGAUCCCAGGACUGGCUUAGCUGCGUUUUUGCUGAGAUUAGGAGAGGAAGGAAAUGGGAAAUUCACUGGGCUGUUUUAAGGAGCCGAAAGAGUCAAUAGCUAUUCCUGAGAAGGCUCCCAUAUCUCCUAAGAAAAGGGUUCGGUUCAAAAGGAGGUGGAGAGGGAAGAAAAUCCCUACUCCAGAGGCAUCUCACCAGGAAGAAACCUCAGAAGGAACUGGAGUCAUUGAAGAGACUGAAACCCUAACGAAGUUAACAGUGAGUCUCCAAAAGGAAGACGGAGUGGGAGGGGUAGAGAAUACCCCCCCAGAUAUUUUGCUGCCUAGGGACUCAGCCCCUAACUCACGGGUAGUCGAUCAGGGGAUGAUAGUACAGGUAAAGGAGAGAUUCCAAGGGGAGGUCCAGACUGCCCACCUUUUGUUAGAGAAUGAGUCAUCAGUUGCCGGAGGGGUCUGGGAUUCCCUGGAAGAGGGGAUGACUGUCAUUGCUCACCUGCUUGAUAACCCAGCAGAAAGGAACUGCGAGAAGUCAGUGAGCCAACUGGUGGAAUUUCCUAGGACAACAUCCUGCAGCAGCAGGGCUGUGUUGCUGCCUUUGCAAGGAGAGACUGCAGUGGAGAAAGGAAAUAUUCAGCGUGGGUUUUGGAGCUGUGCUUUGCCUAGGACAGACUACCCCACGGAUAAAGGAAAUCAAGAACAAUUUUCAGAGGGCUGGAGUGUGGAGGAAGGAACCAAGAGUGUUUUAGGUGCCCCUCAGACAGGUUCCUGGAUUGUAGAAUGUUCUGUUUCUUCAUUACUACUGGACCAGCCUGGAGGCCAAAGACGCACGGAGCCUUCCCAUGUGGGUCAAGUGCCCCCCCAGGAUUCCAGACUGCCUACUUCUCAGAGUGAUUUGUCCAUCAGCGGCAUGACUGUGAGUGUUUUGCCCUCCUCCUCUGGCUAUGGCAGUGAUGGGCCACACAUACACGGGAUCCAGCCUAAAGAUACAGAACCUGAAAAGAGCUCUACUUCCUUCUCAGAAGAGGAUGGCACUCUUUCUCUGGAGGCAAGCCACACCCCAUCAUGGGGUCUGGAAGAGGUAGGUGGGCAUGUUCAAGAGAUUAUCAAACUGCUGUUUGGAUUCUUGGCCCUCAAACAUAUUAAAGUUGAGUGUGGUCAGCAGUGAGGAUAUUGGUACCUCUCAAACUUACUCCCAUGUGGGUUAGUGUCUGCUGGAGCUCAGCAAGCAGAAUCUAUUUCAGGUCUGCCCCUUGAUGCUUGAAACCAAGACUUGUCUCUGGGGAAUCCCUGAUUCUGAGUAGCCAAGUGGCGUAAUUGCUCAAGCUAUCUGGUGGGAUGAUCUCUCAAGGUGCAAUGCUAGAUAGUACUUACUCUCAGGCAGGUCUGUUUACCAGCUUCCCUGCUAUGAGAAGUUGUAGUGUAGCACAAGAGACGAUGGGGAAGGGCCUAACUGAAUCUCUGGAAUGAAUCUCUGGAAUAAAUGUGGAAGGGGUCAGGCAGCUAUUGUCAGUGUACUUGCUCUUCCUCACAGGAGAGUGAUGUGCUUACUAGAGCUGAUGCAAUCCCAUCCCUGUGGGGAAAUUUCUGAUGGCAACACUCAUUCAGUAUUUGUAUAGGUGGAGAGGGCUCAUCCUUCUUUGGUUCCUAAUUCCAGGAUUAGAGGAGAGGGACAUAGAGUUAUCUGGGGAUUAGUUGAGAGAGAGAGAGGGAGUUUAGGGCAAUUUGAAGGUUUAAGGCUAGAAAAGUUUGUUUUGUGACUGGACGUAUUUAGGGCUUUAAUAUGAUUUUGUUUUGAGGAAUAUAUUGAGGCAUGGAUGGUGCUGCUGGUGGUGGUGGUAAUGGCAGUUGCUGUGAAUUUGUUAAAUGUCAAGGAGCAAGUGAGAAUUCAGAGAUCUGAACACUGAGGUAAGGACUCAGCAAGACCAUGGGUAGCACAGCAUCUGGCAUGUAGGUGUGUGAUUGUGUAGGUGAUCGAAGUUAUAAUUCACCAAUGGCUAAAGAACUUUUACUGGGAUGUUGGCCUCUGCAACAGAAGAAAUAAAAACAUUAGGACUUCAAAGUGCAAAAUUUAUAAAAUGAGAUAGGGCACUUUCCUUGCCUAGAUGGGGGCCACUGAUAUUGUACAGGGGCCCUGAUGUUUGCAGAGCAGUGAUGUGUUCUCCCUACUGGUACCCUGCUUAUCACUAGCAGCAUAAGGCUGAGUUAGAUACAAAUUCUGAGCAAUCUGUGCCUAAAAUUUCCUCUUUGGGGAUAAAUUUUCCCCACAGGACAGCCCCCUCUUAGUGCCCUCUGUUAUUAGAGUUUGGAGACUCCCAACAGUUUGAAAAAAAAGUGGCCAUUGAAAAAAUGUCUAUUUUAUGGAUAGGCAAGAGGUUUCUUGGGCCUCAUAUAAACAUGGAUAUGUGUGUGGGGGAGGGUGAUAGUUGUGUUAUGGUAGGAAGGUAGGCAGUGAAACUACUGGGAUAUGGGGUGCAUGAAUGUAUUAAGCUAUUCUCGCAUUGCUGUAAAGAAAUACCUGAGACUGGGUAAUUUACAAAAUAAAGAAGUUUAAUUGGUAUACAGUCCUGCAGGCUGUACAGAAAGCAUGAUGCUGGCAUCUGCUCAGCUUCUGAAGAGGCCUCAGGAAACUUACAAUCUUGGUGGAAGGCAGAGGAGCAGUAGGCAUGUCACUUGGCUACAGCAGGAACGAGAGGUUGUGGGCGGGAUGUGCCACACACUUUUAAAUGACCAAAUCUCAUGAAAACCCACCUACACUCACGAGAACAGCACCAAGGGGAUGGUGCUAAACCAUUCAUGAGAAAUCCACUUUCAUGAUUCAUGAUCCAGUCAUCUCCCCCCAGGCCCCACUUCCAGUAUUAGGGAUUACAAUUCAACAUGAGAUUUGGUAGGGACACAGAUUGAAACCAUAUCAACAAGUAUUUGGGUUUCAUCAGAUUAAAAAAAGAUGUCAAAGUCAACUUUUAUCUUGUAAAAGUUGAAACAGAUAGAGUAGUUGGGGGUAAAACCAACUGUGGAACUGAUUGUUGUACAACUGGCAUUAAAAUUGAAAUUGUGUAGUCAUCAUAACAUUAUAGGACACAUGCUUGUAACUGAGUGUGAGAUUUUCAGAAAUUUGGCAGGUAAAGUUUUAGGAACUCCUAGUAAAAUCAGUCCUAGAUAAUAGACCAUAGAUAGCAAUGGCACCUUUGUAUGGGCUGGAUCUCCACACUGGCAAGGGAAUGUUCUGCAUGAGUCUGUGAGGAGUCUUAAAGAAAAGAUUGGUAGGAGAAACCUUUGGACCAUGAUCUGUAGUGUGACCGUAUUGGCAACAGUAUGAUUCCUUUGCUGUUCAGUAUGAUUCAAAUUGGUGUGUGGCAUUUUCUGGGUAGCCAACCUCUGCAUCUAUUCCUUCUACUUUUUCACCGCAGACACAGUCAUACUACUUAUGUAUAGCCAAGGCUGAAAAACUAAGUGACCGAGUCUCAGCUCAGACACCUGGCAUAUUUCCAGGUUUUGUGUCCAUCAUGUGAUACAGGGACCACAGACUCACCAUCCUAUAUGACAGAUAAGAAGUAACUUAUCAAGAUAAGUGUGACAUUCCUUCAGAAUGAAAGUCCUUAAGGCCAAGAGGCUGCAACUCUCACUGGUCUCUGAAGGAACUGUCUUCAGGGAGCUGCUCCCCUCCCUAACAGGCUGUUCACAGGCUUGAGGACAGUAGCAGCCAGAGAAACAGAGAGGGCAACGCAUACUGAAACCGAUAGGCAGGGCAAGACCAUCUCUGCUGAAAGUGGGAAAGCUGGGAGGGCAAGGGUCAGAAGAGCAGCUGCUGCUGUUCACACACCAACUCCUGUCUAAACAGGAGACAGCUGGCAGUCCAAUUGAGUUGUUUUUUGCUUGCUUUUUUGGUGGUGGUUUUGUUUUUAAUACGUCAGAGUAGUAACUCUCCUCAGAAAAUAAUUUGAGUUCCAGCCAGAUUGUCUCUUCUGUUGAUUAGUCCAGGGCUUGUUGAUGAGAGUGAGACCAGGCUAUGGAUAGACAUAAACUUCACCGUGAGUUUUGUUGCUUUUUAGGAUGGAGAGAAAUGGGAACUGAUUCUGCUUCUUGCUAGUGUAGGGUUUAGAUAGUAGAAUAUACAUGAUCUGCUUUUCUAUUCACCUAGUGUAGUUAAUACUUCUUUUGUCAGGAAAUAGUUAACACAGAAGCAAGAUGACAAGGGUCAGCUGACAAAUAUGUUUUCAGAAUGACAAGUAGACUAGGACUUGGAGCUGGAUGGGAACAGGCUAAUAGCAAUCGCUCUUUGAUGUCAGACAAAGGCCUUCUUCUCUGGCCCAUUUCUUCUCUCAGGACUCCCUAUUCCCAGCUGCUUUCAAUAUCCAUACUACUAAUACCUGAAUUAUUUCAACAAGGAACAUUUUUGAAAAUCCCUUCCUCCUCCCCAUCUUGACUUCUGCUGCCAAGCUCCUGCCCACACUGUUAACAAAUCCCAUUUAAUGAAGAAUUUACCUCUAUACCAAUGUUUUUUUUUUUUGACACGGAGUCUGGCUCUGUCACCAAGGCUGGAGUGCAGUGGCGCGAUCUCGGCUCACUGCAGCCUCUGCCUCCCGGGUUCCAGCUAUUCUCCUGCCUCAGCUUCCCGAGUAACUGGGAUUACAGGUGCCCCCCACCACGCCCAGCUGUAUACCAGUAUUCUUGCCACAACCCUUCGAGUCUCUACAAUUUUAGGUGAAUAGCCAGAUAACACUGGGGCCUAGAAAUGAUAAGAAAGAGGUUGGUUGGUAUAUUAUCUUCUGGGCUCAGCCUUUUCAGUUUACAAGUAUCCCUCUCCCAGUUUUCCUUUUUAAUUAUAGGGAGAGUUGUUUUACUAAUACUGGCUUUGUACUGAAAGAAGAAAGCAAAAUUAACCAGAUGACACUAUUGGGGGAAUGCAGAAGGUAAAGUUAUAGUUUAGAGCUUUAAGAAAGGAUUUUGUUUCUUUUUCUUUUUUUUUUGAGGCGGAGUCUUGCUCUGUCACCCAGGCUGGAAUGGGGUGGCCCGAUCUCAGCUCACUGCAACCUCCGCCUCCCGGGUUCACGCCAUUCUCCUGCCUCAGAGUAGCUGGGACUACAGGCGCCUGCCACCACGCCCGGCUAAUUUUUUGUAUUUUUAGUAGAGACAGGGUUUCACCAUGUCAGCCAGGAUGAUCUCAAUCUCCUGACCUUGUGAUCCGCCCGCCUCGGCCUCCCAAAGUGCUGGGAUUACAGGCGUCAGCCACUGCGCCCAGCCUUGUUUCUUUUUAAAAAAAUUUUACUUAAUUAAAAAUGUUACUAAAGAAUCAUUAUGUUUUAGGUGUAACAAUAGUGUUGUGGUUAUGUUUAAAAAAAGACCUUUUACAGAUACAUACUGAGAUGUUUUUAGAGAAAAAUAGGAGAUUUACUUCAUCAUAAUAGGGGAAGAGUGAAGUGGGUGGAAUGUAGAUGAAACAAGAUUAGCUAUGAGUUGAUAAUGGUUGAAACUGGGUAAUAGGUACAUAGGGACUUAUUAUACUAUUCUGUCUCCUUUUGUGUGUAUUUGAAAAUUUCCGUUUCAAAUAGAAAAUUAAGAAAAAAAUUGUAUAAAAAUAAAAUGAAAGUUAAAAAUAAAAUUGUAUAAAAAUGAAAUGGAAAGUUAGGCAAAAUAAGUUGUAUACAAAUAAAAAUGUAAUAAUACUGGUAAAAUUAUGAUAUAAUACAUUUACAGUUGGCUCUCUGUAUUGUGGGUUCUGCGUCUGGGAAUUCAACCUAUAAUGGAUGGGAAAUAUUCUGAAGAAAAACAUUGCAUCUGUAAUGAACAUGUACAGACUUCAUUAUUCCCUAAACAAGAUAACAACUAUUUACUAACAUUUACAUUGUAUUAGGAAUUAUAAGUAAUCUAGAGAUUAUUUAAAGUAUCUGGGAGGAUAUACAUAGGUUGUAUGUGAAUACUACCUCAUUUUGUAUCUGGGACUUGAGCAUUUGUGGAUUUCAGUAUCUGCGGAUUUUGGUAUCUGAGGGAGGUCCUAGAACCAAUUCUGCAUGGAUGACUACUAAAAAGGGGUUACUAUCCUAUAGAUAAAGUGAUUUAUCUAUGGAGCCAGAUUGGCUAGGUUUGAAUCCCAAUUCUACAACUUACUAGCAGUAUAACUUGGAACAGGUUACUAAACUUCUCUGUGCCACAAUUUCCUUAUUUGUAAAUGGAAGAUAAGAAUAGCAUAUACUUGGUAGGGUUGUGAGAAUAAUAUGAAUUAAUACAAGUAAUCACAAUAAAUGCUAGUUAAUAUUAUUACUUAAAAGAACAAGAAAAUGAGUAAGAAAAAGACAAACACCCUUGUAGAAAAAUAGGGGAAAGCCCAGGGAUAAGCAAUUCACAAAAAAAGGAAAUCCAAAUGCCUCAUAUACAUAAGAAGACUCCUUUUUACUAAUAAGGAUAUACAGAUCAAACAACAAUAAGAUACUUUUUUUUUUUUUUGAGACAGAUUCUCUCUGUGUCGCCCAGGCUGGAGUGCAGUGGUGCGAUCUUGGCUCACUCCAAGCUCCACCUCCCAGGUUCACGCCAUUCUCCCGCCUCAGCCUCCUGAGUAGCUGGGACUACAGGUGCCCGCCGCCACGCCUGGCUAAUUUUGUUUUUGUAUUUUUAGUAGAGACAGGGUUUCACUGUGUUAGCCAGGAUGGUCUCGAUCUCUUGACCUCAUGACCCGCCUGCCUCUGCCUCCCAAAGUGCUGGGAUUACAGGCGUGAGCCACUGCGCCUGUAAUUUUUUUUAAAGAGAUGAGGUCUCAGCUACGUUGCCCAGGCUAGAGAGCAGUGGCCAUUCACAGGUCCCAUCAUAGCGCACUGUAGCCUUGAACUCCUGGACUCAAGCUUGUAGCUGGGACUGCAAGCACACCACCAUGCCUAGCUAAGAUACCAUUUUAUACCCAUCAGAUUGGCAGAAGAUAAAAAUUCUGAAAAUACCAAGUGUAGGCGAGGAUGAAGAGUGAUGGGAAAACCUCUUCACAGCACUUAAGUGGAAGUAUAAUUUGCUACUGUUCUUAGAAAGUAGUUUGACAAUAUUUUGUAGAGUUGAAAAAUGCCCAUAUUCUAUUACCUAGGGUUUCCAUUCUAAUUAUAUUCCCUAGUGAGACCUCCAGGACUCUGAAUGUGAAUACUGAAAGGAGCACUCUCUUUUACCUAACUCUAAUAUUGGUAAUAAACACCUUCUUUAUCUCUGUUCCUCACCAACAUAGCUGCCAUUAGAUCCCUCUAGCUGGGCAUUUGUAGAACCACUGCAUUGUGCCUUCGUCUGCUGCUGCUGCUUCUUUUUUUUUUUUUUUUUUUUUUUUUGAGAAAGAAUCUUGCUCUGACAUCCGGCUGGAGAGCAGUGGUGCAAUCAUAGCUCACUGCAACCUUGACAUCUCGGGCUUAAACGAUCCUCCUGCCUCAACUUGCCAAGUAGCUGGGACUACAGGGGAGUACCACCACACCCAGCUAAUUUUUAAGUUUUUUGUAGAGACAGUUUCUCACAGUGUUUCCCAGGCUCGUCUUGAACUCCUGGGCUCAAUUGAUCCUCUUGCCUAGGCCUCCCAACGUGGUGGGAUUACAGGAGUGAGCCACUGCACCCAGCCCUCAUUUGCUUCUUGAAGGUUUUCAAGGUCUGAUGCUUUAUCUUUAGUGGGUGAUGAGGUCAGCUAGAAACUUGAGGACAUAAUAAUCAAGUAGUUACUUGCUCAGAACAACUCGUCUCAUCCACUGAGAGAGUACCAAGUCCAAACUCCUCAGCUGGGUAUUCCAGUUCCUUUGUAAUCUAUCUUAUCUUUUCUACGGUUCCCAAUUUAAACCUUCUCAUUUUAACAGAUCAGUCCCUUAACUACUAUUUCUGUUUCACCUUAUCUCUGUUUGUUUACAUCCACUUUCUACCUGGAAUUCCUUUCUUCCUUGGCUUUCACCUGUUCUGUAACACCCUGCAAGGAUGAGUUUAUAUGGUACUUCUUCUAGAAAUCUUUUUGAUCACUGUAGCCCACAGUAAUUUUCCAUUCUGCUGAGAUUCUGUAUUGGAUAUUACUAUAAUUAUUGGGUUUUUUUGGCUAUAAAUUUGUUUAACUCUUUCAUGUGACCUACCAUAGAUAUGAGAUUUUUUUCCUCCAGAAAUUAACCUUCAGCAAAGAAAUAUUCUCUUUAUAUUUUACUUCUUAUAAAGCAUUUCUUGUUAUUAGGCUUCCAGGGAGCUUAUAGUCAGUUCAUGAAAAAGGGUGAAUAAAUCUGUGUCACCAUCUGCUAGUUCAAUCACUAUCAUUUUUUUGUAGAGAUCAACUGACAUAAUUGAUUAAACAAAAAAGAGGAAUGAAAAAUCUAAGAAAGUUUUAGUUAUUGUUCCUGGGAAUAUAAUCUCCUAAUUUGAAGUGUUGAAAGUAAUUGUAUACAAGCCUUAAUAUUAAAAUUUUUUUUUUUGAAUCACUCACAUUGCAUAUGAAACACACACAUACAUUAUGGGGAUCACAAAUAAACACAGCAGAAUGAAUGAAAAAAAAAAACCCUAAUCCAGUGUUAUGCAACUGGAUUCUUGCGGUUUGAAAUGAAAUACCCAGAGACAAUGUAGAUUCAGAAAAGUGCUGUUAUUAACUUUAAAAUCUUAAAAAGAAAAGUAGACAGUAUUUUCUAGAAAAUUCACUCAAAAAAUAGCUUUAUUGAAGGAAAAAACAUUGAUGUUAAAGAUGCAUGUGAAGUUUGAAUAAUACGGUUUUUUGAAAUUACAAAGGCAGAAAAUACAUUAAUACUAAGUGCUUAAAUAUACUGCUUAAUUUUAAAUAUGUGUAUAUGUGUAAAUAAAUUUCUAAAAGUUUGUGUAUUCAGGAGGACUACAGAGCUUCCCUUCCUGUAUUCCUGUUUUACCUUCACACAUCUGUUGUUAUCUGGGAAAAUAUUUGGGAUAAUCAUAUGUUAGUUAUGGCAUGUCUCAACUAAGUUCUUGCAGGGCAAGCAUGUCUUCUUUUUUUGUUUUCCACCUUUUUACCUGGCCAACUUCUACUUAUUAAAACUCAGCACAGAUGUUGUUGCUGCUAAGCAAUCCUCUGGCAUUGCUAGUUUGGAUUACUUGCUUACCUCUGUCAUAACAUUGAUCUCUUUGUAUAGUAAAUUGUCUCCCUGAUUAAAUUGCUUGAACUUGAGGCCUGAGGCUGUGUUUUUUUAUUUUGAGAUAUCAAGAACUUAAACACAGCUCCUAGAAUAUAAUGGUUGCUCAAAAAAUAUUAACAGAAUAAGUAAAUGGUGUGUCUUUUCUUGUUCUUCUCCAUGGUGCCAGUCAUAGUGCUAAGAUGUUGUUCAGUCAAUACUUAUUGAAUUAUUAGGAAAACAUUCAGCUUCUGGGAAUACUUCAGAGAAGCAAUUAACCAAGCUUUGGGAAGUGUGAGUUGAAAGGAAAUUCAAGUGGAAUUUGCAUAUUCUCAGGCAAAAUGUUGAGGCUGUUCUCCCUCUCCAAAUGGCUUCCUCCUUAAAAAACCCAGAUGAGGGAGAAAGAUCUCUGAAACUAAAGCUGGAUUUCUGCAUUUGGGAGAUUAAGGUAAAAGCUUCUGCAUAGCCCAGAGGACAGUACUGUGCACACAUAUCAUGUGUGAGUGUACAGAAAGAGAUUGAUGAAAGCCAAAUUUAAUUACUGAGAUGGUUGUGAUGAUAAUCCCAUUUUUCUCAUCCAGUUUACAGUCUAGGGAAUGGCCCUAAUCCAAACAGGGUAUUAUUUUUUUCUUUCCCAUAGGGAUCCAAACAUCUAUCUCGUUACAACUAUGUUUAAAAUCUGAAGGAAAGCUGUUCAUUGAAGUAGUUUUAGUGCAAUAUGCAGAAAUACUAAGAGAUGAGAGAUGUUAUCAGAAAGAUUAUGGCUGUAAUGAACAUACAAUAUCAAUUAACUAACUGGAAUUUCAUUUUUGGGUAAAGAACCCAAAUACUCAGAUUUUGUUUUGCUUAUUCAAGUUCUGUCUUGUUUUACAUCAACAAAUCUAUUUCCUGUUCCCAAUAAUGUUUUACUUUAAUAUGUACGUGAAGCAGCUACAGUGAAGGCAGUGGGAUAUAUCAAUGUUGCAUUUAGCCAGUGAAAUAGGUAGCUAGAAAUGUUAAGGGGAACUGAAAUAGAAUUGGUACUAGGAAGAAGCUGUUUAUAGGAAGAGUUGUGAUCCAUUAUUGUGUCCUUGGCUCUGCAGCUCCAUAGCUUCUCUCCUCACUACCGCCCCUCCCCCAGCCCCAGGUAGACCUGGAGUUGAUUAAGUUUUAGGAAAUUGACUCACACUGAUCACAUUUGCUUGAGAUUGGUCGAUGUGAAUUUAUUAAUUUACAAAAUAAAUUUUAGCUGCCAAGUGAUUCAAGAAUUUGAAUUGGCCACUUACUGCUUUUGUUGCUUUAGAAUAUCUAUAUGGGAAGCAAAUAAUAAUCUGAAGGUUGUCAGGUGAACAUGGAGUCAGAGCAGAGAGGUGGUGAGUGGAGAGGAAUGAUUUGUAGGAUGGUCUUAUUAGUUGGCAUCAUCAAAGUAGAAUAGUCUGAUUUCUUCUGUAGAAAUGUACCUGUCAAGGGCAUGAGAUCCCAUGUCCCUGCUGGGUAGGGUACAGUUUCACCUUCACAGGCAUGGAGGCAGUACUUCCUGGCUUCCCUUUUCUAUACUCAAUGCAAGCUUCCCAUACUCUUCUAUUCACACAGUCUUUCUUCAGACAUCUUAGUAAUAUUGAGUAGCCUGCAGCUUUCUUUUAUUCUAAAUAUAGUGUUAAAGUUCCUGGCCCUUUUUUUUUUCCAAUUUUAAAAUAUCAUCUGAUAUUUAAUCUCAUCUAUUAUGAGUUUGUAAAUUCAGACACUUGGAGAUGACUUAUUAUUGACUUCUCCCUUGUAUUGAUCACAAGGGAAGCUACUACUUCCAUGGUACUGCACCUGAUAGAGACGACUAAGAGACAGGAUGUUCUAUUGACAUGCCGGUGUUUUCUCUGCCCCAAACACCCAGACCAAAAAUUGUGUUGGGUAUGCUGUCUUAUUAUUAUGGGAAGGGAAUACAUGUACCCUCGGCAUUACCUACGUCAUCUUAUUUAAUCCUUAUAAUGAUCCUUUGAGAAAGUUCUUAUCCUAUUUUAAAUAUGGGGAAAAUUGGGCCAGGAGGCUUACCUGGUUUGCCUGAGGUCACAUUUCUAGUAAAUGCCUUCUUUCAAACACAUAUCUGUCUGAAUCAAAGGCUUAACAUUUUUCCUUGUUAACAAGGAUUAUUUUUAUAGUUUUUAUUAUAAAAAUAAAGUGUGGUCAUUACUCGAAGUCUGAAAAAAAGAAGAGUAGGAAGAAAAACUAAAGUCAUUCAUAGUCCCACUCCAGAGGAGACAAAUAUAAACUUGUUUACUUUACACACUGCUUUGAAUUAGCUAAGUAACCUGUCUACAGAUUCUAGGUGGGCUUUAUCCCAGAAUACCUUUUUUUUUUUUUUUGAGACAGAGUCCCGCUCUGUCGCCUAGGCGGGAGUGGUCUCAAACUCCUGACCUCAGAUGAUCCGCCCGCCUCGGCCUCCCAAAAUGUUGGGAUUACAGGUGUGAGCCACUGUGCCCAGCCCCCAAAAUACUUUUAUUUGCUUAUUUUUAUUAUUUCAUUUUAUUUUUAUUAUUUCAUUCAUAAACCAAGUUAUUAUUAAUUAAAACAUGUUAAGGUCCCACCAUACAACCAGCACAACACUAAGUGCAAUGGGCAAUGCACUGAAGGACUAUGAUCAAUGAGUCUCAGAUUUGGAAGUUAUUUCGUUCACAGCAUCUUAGUUUCUGCUUGACACGUCCAGUGGCAAGGAGCUCUCCCACAUAGAGUUUGCUGUUCAGUUUUAUAUUGCUCUGGUUGUUAAGAUGUGGUGCCAGCCCCCCUCAGGAAACCUGCAGUCUAGGGGAGAUAAGAUUAAAUAUAUGAAAUAAUAGUCCAUAAUGCAAAAUAACAUUUAUUUAUUUAUUUAUUUUUAUGUUUUUGAGACAGAGUCUCAUUCUGUUGCCCAGGCUAGAGUGCAGUGGCACAAUUUCAGCUCACCACAACCUCCACCUCCUGGGUUCAAGCGAUUCUCGUGCCUCAGCCUCCCAAGUAGCUAGGACUACAGGUGU